ACCGGAACUGAGAGCCCAGGUUUUCGGCAAGUGCAAACAAGCAGAGACCCGCUCUGUAAAUCUCCCCGAGUGCGUCGGGAGGGGCGCCGCUGCACCCCUCUCCUCUUGAAACCCCGCUCCCCUUCCAGUUCCCUGGCUCCCGUUGGCCCCUCCAGCACCCUCUCGGUUCUCCUCCUGCCCCCGGAGUCCUGCCAACCUCUUCUCCGGUCCCUUCCAGUCGCCCGCCUAUCGGUCCCCGCUGCACCCCCCCGUCCCGCCAGUCCCGCAGGCGCCCCCACCCUCCUAUCCUCCCCUGCCCCUCCAGCCACUACCUCCCCUCCCCGGGGCCGCCGCUCCCGGCUCCCCAGCAGGCGGGACCUUCUCCGGGGCGGUCAAGCCUCGCGGGUCCCAGCCAAGCUGCGGGAGCAGAGGCGACCCCGGGCCGGGAGCGAAGUCACGCGCGGCCAGCCGCCGCGUCACACCUGUCUGAGGGGCGGCCGCGGCGGGGGCGGGGGCUCGCAGAGCCUUCAACAGCCGAGGAAAAGAGGGAGGAGGGAGAGCGCGUUUCAUCAUCGGCGACGGCGGCGGCCACUUAUAAAACUUCUGGGCGCGCACUCGCUCGCGCAGUCUCCGCGCUGCGAGCCUCCUGCGGCUGUCGCCGCCGCUCUCACCAGCCACCCACGCGGCCGUCCCGGCCCGAGGCGCCCGGCCCCUGCUCGCCCCGCCGCCCGCCCGGGGCCUGCCGCCGUCCCGCCCCGCGGGGGCCGCCACCAUGGGGCUCUGGCCCGAGCCUGGCGCGCGCCAGGACAGCGACGCUUCUUCGCGCCCAGCCGGACGCUGUCCCCGCUCUGUUUUCAGCAACAUUAAGGUGUUUGUGCUCUGCCAUGGCCUCCUGCAGCUCUGUCAGCUCCUGUACAGCGCCUACUUCAAGAGCAGCCUCACCACCAUCGAGAAGCGCUUUGGGCUCUCCAGUUCCUCCUCAGGGCUCAUUUCCAGCUUGAAUGAGAUCAGCAACGCCAUCCUCAUCAUCUUCGUCAGCUACUUUGGCAGCCGGGUGCACCGUCCACGGCUGAUUGGCAUUGGGGGUCUCCUCCUAGCUUCGGGUGCCUUUGUCCUCACUCUCCCACACUUCCUCUCAGAGCCCUACCAGUACACCUUGACCAGUGUUGGGAACAGCAGCCGCUUCCAAGCUGAGCUCUGUCAGAAGCACUGGCAGGACCUGCCCCCCAGUAAGUGCCACAGCACUGCCCGGGACUCCCGGAAGGAGACCAGCAGCAUGUGGGGUCUCAUGGUGGUCGCCCAGCUGCUGGCAGGCGUUGGGACGGUUCCCAUUCAGCCAUUCGGGAUCUCCUACGUGGAUGACUUCUCUGAGCCCAACAACUCACCCCUGUACAUCUCCAUCUUAUUUGCCAUCUCUGUAUUCGGGCCGGCUUUCGGGUACCUGCUGGGCUCCGUCAUGCUGCAGAUCUUCGUGGACUACGGCAGAGUGGACACAGCUGCAGUUAACCUGAGCCCCGGAGACCCCCGGUGGAUUGGAGCCUGGUGGCUCGGGCUGCUCAUCUCCUCAGCCUCCUUGGUUCUCACCUCUUUCCCCUUUUUUUUCUUUCCUCGAACAAUGAUCAGGGAAGUGGAGAGGUCUCCUGCCAUAGUGGACGAGGCAAGGAAGAUGGACGAGGUCAAGCCAAGAAGCUCCCUGCUGGAUUUCAUUAAACGGUUUCCCCGCAUCUUCCUGAGGUUGCUGAUGAACCCGCUCUUCAUGCUGGUGGUCCUGGCCCAGUGCACCUUCUCCUCUGUCAUUGCCGGCCUCUCCACAUUCCUCAACAAAUUCCUGGAGAAGCAGUAUGGUGCCUCCGCAGCCUAUGCCAACUUCCUCAUCGGUGCUGUGAACCUCCCUGCCGCGGCCUUGGGGAUGCUGUUUGGAGGAAUCCUCAUGAAACGUUUCGUUUUCUCUCUGCAAACCAUUCCCCGCGUGGCUGCCACCAUCAUCACCAUCUCCAUGAUCCUCUGUGCCCCUCUCUUCUUCAUGGGAUGCUCUACCCCCACUAUAGCAGAGGUCUACCCCCCCAGGACAUCAAGUCCUAUACAUCCGCAGACUCCCGCCUGCCGCAAGGACUGCUCGUGCCCAGAUUCCAUCUUCCACCCGGUCUGUGGAGACAAUGGAGUGGAGUACCUCUCCCCGUGCCACGCCGGCUGCAGUGAGAUUAACGUCAGCUCGGUAGCCUCCAAGCAGCUGACCUAUUUGAACUGCAGCUGUGUGACCGGGGCGUCCUCUUCAGCCAAGACGGGAUCAUGCCCCAUCCCCUGUGCCCACUUCCUGCUCCCGGCCAUCUUCCUCAUCUCCUUCGUGGCCCUCAUAGCCUGCAUCUCCCACAACCCGCUCUACAUGAUGGUUCUGCGUGUGGUGAACCAGGAAGAAAAGUCAUUUGCCAUUGGGGUACAGUUCUUGCUGAUGCGCCUGCUGGCCUGGCUGCCGUCUCCAGCCCUCUAUGGCCUCACCAUUGACUACUCUUGCAUCCGGUGGAGCUUGCAGUGCUCAGGGAGGCGCGGGGCCUGUGCCUACUACAACAAUGAUGCUCUCCGAGACAGGUACCUGGGCCUGCAGGUGGGCUACAAGGUGCUGGGCACGCUGCUGCUCGUGUUCAUCAGCUGGCGGGUGAAGAGGAACAAGGAAUACAAUGUGCAGGAGAAGGCUGCGGGCCUCAUCUGACCCUGGAUGCCCGGCCCGGCCCGGCCACUGCCCUGCUCCAGAAAGUGGACCCUGCACCCCCAACACCCGCCUGUAUUCACUGUUAACACAUCACUUCCUUUUUGUUUUUUAAAUAAGAGAGAAACCCCAGUCACCAUUCGCCUUCCCUGCCUCCCCCCCCCCCCCCAGGAUUCCUUAGGUCCACUGUGCACCUGGGCUGGAUGGGCACUGAGCUGGAGGGCCAGGUCUUCUCUGGAUCCUCAGGAGGCUCUCCUCAGUGCUGGAUGACCACCAAAGCAGCCCCGGCCCCUCACCAGCCUUGGGAGGUGGGGGUGGUUUCCUAAGUGGAGAGAGGAAAGGCAUAUCUUCCCAGAGGAAAAAGGGAGAGGGCUGGAUUAUGAUUAAUGGCCAGAUCCAGGCUAGAGGAGAGGUGAGCCUGGCUGUAGCCCCUUUGAGUCUCCAUUCAGCAUCAGCACGGAACCCAGGAGGGGCUGGCCUCCUUCCCCUCAGAUCUUUGUGUUCUGCUCUUAAAGGCCAUCUUGGAAGCUGCCAUGUUGGGAAGUAUGGCCAGUCAGUCUCCUCUCAGUUCCCUCAUCCUCAGGCACCAGAGCAGGGACCAAGAAACCCUGAGGGUGGGUCAUCCAGAUGCUGUUCACAUUAACUCUAGACCCUUCUGUGCUGAGAAAGCCACACCAUGGUGAAGACUUGAGGAGGGCUAUGAAGUGGUCCGUAGCCCGACCUCCCACACCCACAAAGUGAGGACGAGACCACUCAACUCAGACUGAUGAGAAGACCCUCCCCAAGUUUUCUUGGGAGCAGACGAGGUGGCCUCACAUGGGCCUCCCUGUCUGGACCUCACCCUGUGUGUCAAAGAGUAAAGACGGGCAGUCCAGAUGUCAGCAGAGCAAGUGAUGAAGCUGAGGGGACGUCAAGGGCUACCAAGCUGGAUGGCAAGCUGCAGCUUGCAAAAUAGAGGCCAGCAUGGUCGGCUCCCCUGUUCCAAACAAGCUUGUAUUAACAUUUUCUCAUCCUCUUCUCACUGCCCCUCUGUGGGCCUGGGUUGCACUACCCUGCUGCUAUGUGGUAAAGGUUCAGAGUUAGAAGUCCACAAAGGAGGCCUUUCAUCAACAAGUAUUUUAUUUAUUGCAAAGCAGCUUUGUGCAAGGCAGUGCUAGUACAUGGCACUCCACCGAGCUUUCCUGAGACCUCCCCUCACCUCCCUCUGUCUACACUGGGCCUUCUUCCAGAGUGUGCUCAGUGGAGAGCAGCAGGAGAGGCACAGCAUGAGCCCAGAGCUUAUGAACAGGAUCUUGGCCAUCAGUGUCCCACCAGGUUGCCCCUGAAUCUGGCCCUUUGCCAGAUAGACACCUGGCUCACCAUGUCCUCUGGAGCAGCUGGGAACUGGUUAUUGCCAUACAUGACUCUCUUGAGUGCCACUCCUCUUAGAAGAAGCAUACCAGAAGCCACCUCUGAGAACAGCUUAUAUGGUAGUAAGCCAAAAAAUGUAUGUCAGUGGCCAAACUGCCAUGAGACUGAAGUCUUUGUGAAAGCCACCAUUAGAGAUGGCUUUAUUUCCUAAGCCACCUUUUUAUUUCCAAAGAUCUCACUCAGGAAGGGAGGCUCCAUGCAACCUCAGGGGCCAGUUUCAGCAUUUAAAAUGGGUCUGCUUGGAAAAUGAUUCCCUGCAACUAAUCCUGGUCCUUCUUGCUGCGAUGUAACCAAAUUCUGAAGGCACUACCUUCAGCUGAGCUGACAAACAUCGGAUGCCAGCCUGCAGAUUCUGGAAGAUUGGUUGCCCUCCCAAGGCUUUAUUCUAUUAUGAUAUUGCUAUUAAUAUAUUAUAAUUUUGCUAUUGCUGUAA